AUGUCGCAAGCACGCAUUGCACCAGCUCCAUUCUUCUACAAGAUGUGGCUAAUGGGCGCGGUGUGCGUGCUGUGCACGUUGCUGCACGCCGUGGACGCACAGUGGAGGUGCCCGGGUCUCUCUGCACGACCGGCGGCGGAGUGCUCGUGCGAUCUUCCACACACGUUGCGAUGUGCCGGCGACCACACUGCUUUACAGAUCAUAGGCCGUCACCUCCGCGAACAAAAGGCUAGAAACAAGAACACAGCAGUAUCACUCCUGGACUGUGCGCUCCGAGGAGUUUCAGUACUGUCCUCAUCUUCAGUGUCAGAACUGGCUGGAGUUGGGUUGCACGGGCUGGUCAUAUCUUCUGGAGAUAUAAGGAGGGUGCAGCAAGGAGCGUUUAGUACUGUUGCUGGAAGUUUAUUUGCUUUGGGUCUUCCCAAUAACCAGUUAUCAGUGGUGCCAACUGAAGCAUUGACCAGACUAUGGAACCUCGAUCGCUUAGAUUUGUCAAAUAAUAAAAUUCAUACAUUAGACGCUAAUUCAUUUAAGGGAGUCAAGAAUUUGACAUAUUUGGAUCUUAGUGACAACCAGUUGACUGACAUUCUGGAAGGAGCAUUCGUACCACUGGUAAAAUUGAGUGUAUUGAGGCUGAGAGGGAAUUUACUCAAAGUUCCGACCCUGGUCACAUUGAAGGAGGCUAACAUGCUGAGGGAUCUAGAUUUAUCCAGUAAUGCCCUGGAAGGACCUCUGGGUCCAUCCACAGUGCCCACACUGACCUGCCUCAAUACGCUCCAGUUGUCGGAUAACACUUUUGCAAGCAUACGACGAGGGGCUCUGUCUGGUCUUACGAACUUAACUCAUUUGAAGUUGCACAACAACCAGAUAGAUGUACUCGAGGACUAUGCGUUCAAACACAUUGCCAACUUGACGCACCUGGAUUUGUCGCACAACGAGAUCGUAGCUGUAUCUGGAGCAUCUCUAGCACAGCUAACGAACUUAGUACACCUGGACCUGUCUCACAACUUCCUCCGAUCCCUCUCUGCCGAGCCUCUAAAGUCUCUUCGACGACUGACCGAGUUACUACUCCAUGAUAACGAUAUCUCGAUGAUAGAUGACGAAGCUUUGGCGCUGCACAAGGAUCUCGGCCGGUUCACCAUUGAAGAUAAUCCCCUUAAUUGCGAUUGCCUAAUGGCCGGAUUCGCAAGGUGGUUGAGGGAGGCAAAAAACCUGCCCCAAACAGAUAAAUCUGCUGCCGUGUGUGCUACUCCACCGCAUUUAGAAGGUGCUUUGCUAUCUAGAUUGUCGAAAAACAAGCUAUGUGACGACGAACAUGCAGACAAACAGAAAGACGGGAAUUAUGAUUUAAAUAAAGUACCUCGUGACGAAGUACUAGCGAAUUCUAUCGUGGAUGAUUAUAAAGUUGCUGUUGAUGAUAAUGUUGAUGUUUAUGGCGAUAAGCAAGAAGGUUUAGAUGAUGAUUUGUAUGAUGAAGAACUGGAAGUGCCUGCUGAAGAGGAUUUGCCGAUUUCUGAUGCUAAGGUACACUUAAUAGACGCAUGGUACGACGAUGAAGAAGUCCAUUUAUCCUGGGUUGUGGAUCCCCUAUCAGCUAACCGUUACAGGUGUACUGGCGUAACAGCUUCAAGAGCUGGUGGUCUACCGAAGCAUGUAGCCUGUCAUAGAGCUACUCCAUCCAAUGUGGUGCUGCGAGGAUUGAAGAUUGAUGCAGUUGAUCAUUACACGUUCUGCAUAGCAUUAGAAGAAAUGGACAGUUCUGAUGUGCCUCUUUCCUUGGUAUUGGGCUGCGGUGCCCCAAUGCAAGUGAGACAGCGAGCCACGUUUGCUACAGUUGUCCCUAUAGUCGUCACUCGACCUCCUGAGAGUAAUCCUUUAAGAGUCUCCGAAGUCCGAUCAAACGUAACGAACGAAGGAGUCCUAACAGUUCUUAUAUCAGUCUUAGGUCUUCCACAAAGGCCACAAUAUGUCUUACCUCGCUCCCAAAGACUGUCCAACGACAUUCGACCAAUCAACAACUGCUACAUUGUCUUAGCCGUUUUAUCAAGAGGCUCAUUAGUAGCCCAGAAAGAUACUCCAUGCCAAUCUACUCUGGAAAUAUCCAUGGAAGGUUUUAUCCGAGGACCUUAUGAAGUCUGUGCAGCCAUUUCAAAGUACAAGGUUGACGAAAGAAGAACAAUAUGUGUGGUCCCACAACUAAUAGAAACGCUUGGAACUUUGGAAAUGAAAGCAGGUUUCAAGAGCUUGAACACAGCGCUGAUCGGUGUGGCUCUUGGUCUGAUGGUGAUAGUAAUUGGGUUAGUCUGGUUUGUUAGGAAGAUGCUAAAGAAACCAACGGAAUUUGAGCCCCACAGGUGCUUUAGGCAAGAACCAGUGCAGGAAGAGAAUCCAAGAGCCAGCUAUGUGAUGCUAACAGCAACGUCAAAAGUGUAAUGGGACUCGUGGAAGUAUAUUUUACUAGUCGUGAAAAUUUUCUAUAAUAUAUUUUAUUUUGGAUUAUUAUUGAAAGUAUUAAAAUUUUAAAUUAAACUUUGAAAAGUUUUUAGGUGUUUUGGAA